AUAUAUUCCCAUUUAAUAUUGUUCAAGCCCCAUCAUCAUUAAUUUCAGUUACGUUGUUUUAAUUAAGUUAAUUACAAAUUACAGAGGUGUAAUUCUACUUCCACUCUCCACAGUCUAGGCCCCAUUUCGUCAAAACCCAGCUCAGGUUUACAGAUAUUAUGAAAAAAUAUGGAUAAUUGGAAUAAACCCUAAACACAGUUAAUUGAUAGAAAGCCUAAUAUUAAUUGCUGUAACUUUAGACUGCUUGAAUGAAUGAUGACUUCCCAAUAAAAAUAAUCUAAUUAGCAUUUUCUGAUUUUUUUUCCAGCAGCGAGGUAACAAAUGGACCUGUUGAUAUUUUGAUAGAUUUUUUCUUUGUAAUAUCAUUUUUUAAUAUAUAGUUCUUAGUUUUGUUGAUCAGUAUCCAACAUAUAUCAUAAAAUAGGGGCACUUCUAUUUCCACCUACCGCCCAUGUUCACUGACACACUGAGUGGUGUUGGACGAAUCGGACUCAUGGAUAUUUAAUGUUGGGUAUAAUUGGUUAUCCUACAACAUUCAUACUGACAGCUGUCCGUGUAUGCCGUGCUGUUCCUGUGGAUAUUAUGGGGUCGCUCUGACCACGGUCUCGACUGCGGAGUCCACUUCGCAUUUUGAGCGACGCCCCCAAAUUCCGUGCAGAGUGUUUGCAGACCCUCCGGGACGGAGAGGUGGAGGAGGAAUCGGCAGCUCCGCCGUCCAUAUACACUACAAUCACCACGCCAUUAGUUCAUGACUUCAUCAUAUCUUUGACAGGAGAGUUUGGAUCGUAUUUAAAAGCUCUCCAGGACUCUGAGGCUGCUGCAGAGAAUGGGAAUAGGGACACAGGCCAAGGCUUGCCAUUUUGGCUGAAGUAACAGCAGGACGGUUGUCAACCCCGCAUCGGCGUCAAUCCCCUUCUCCCUCACCUCUCCUCCCACACACACACACACACACAAGGACAGACACCCCCACACACAGCCUCUGCUAUGUCCACCGCCGUAGACAUCGCUGGCCCUUCCUCCUCAGAUCAGGCCCACAGCAGCGCUAAAAUCCCCAAUGAGCCACUGAGACCAAGCCUUAAGCGCUCCAACCACCCCUACAGCCUCUCCCAUUACAUCUCCACCCCUUCCCCGGCCGUGGACGUCAAAGGCCUGAUCCAGCCCUCCCAGGCCCAGCAGCGGGCCGCCCAGCCUGCACACACUAAACCUCGCCGGGCCCCCUCCUGGCCUGACAUGUGGGAGUCGCCCAGUGGGCUCCACCUGGCCCAUGCCGCAGAGCUGCUGAUGCGCGCUGGGCUUCUGGCUCUGACACCCGCCACCACAGAGCAGGCCAGCCUGGGUGCACAGAGCAGUCAGCCAGCUAAAAGAGAGGCUGCAGAGGCAAAGGGGGGGAAGGGGGACGGGGAAGGAAGUGGAUCCGGGCCUGAGGAGGAGGAAGAGGACUCCUCUGGAUGUGGCACUGACUUCCAACCCUUCCUGGGUGCCUGGUUCCCCUUCAGCCCCGCUCUGUUCCCCCUGGCGGGUUUCCAGAUGGGGGGGGGGCACUGGAGAAGCGCAGCCAUGGGAGCUGAGGGCAUCGAGGGGCUGGUGGCCGAGGGCUACUCCCCUGGCUCUCUGGGCGCCAGCAGCGGAGGCAGGAGGAAGAGGAAGAGGUGCGGGGAGUGUGUACCUUGUCGGCGUCAGACGAACUGCGAACAGUGCAGCAGCUGCCGUAACCGCAAGAGGGGACACCAGAUCUGUAAAUACAGGAAGUGUGAGGAGCUGAAGAGGAAGCCAGGAGGCCCUGGGUUUGAGAGCAGAGUGUCUGGGUUUGAUCUAAGGGGAUCCGACUUUACUUUGGGUCUGGCACAGGAGAGAAGCAACGGAGCCUUGGAUGGAUAGUAAUGCUUGUGGUGGCAGCAUUUGUCAGAGGAUCCUGGUUGGAUGAUUGUUGAGGAGCUGCAGUUCAAUUAAAACACACGGGACACAAUGUUACCAUGCUCAGACUGUGGUUCAAAGAUUUUCAGAUCUUGUGUUUAGCGAGGAGCUGCAGCUCCGUCUAAGAAUGUCCACACUCGUUCCCAUCCUUUCUUUUGACAAUCAGUGAAAUGGAGAGGAGAGAAAGAAGGAUACCAAUGUGUGUCAAUAUUUAGAUGAUGACAAAAAUGCUGUAAAUAGCCUGUAAAUAUCUGGAAAACAUUAUGUCUUUUUUACAUCCCUUUCCAGUUUGGGUGUAUUGUGUUUCAACAUUAAAAAAAGGAGCCAAAUGUUUUGUUUCUAAUGGGGAGUUUUGAUUCUGUUGUUCUGACGUCACUGCAUCAGUAAGAAAUGAAUGAGUUCAGCUUAGGCUAAAUUAUUUCAUGUGCAACUUGUACUGUAUAGCUCUGUUUGCCCUUUUGAAAUAAAAGAAAUUGGCCAUGUG